CUGUCACCAAUUGGUCAUAAAAAUUGGAACAUCGAUUUUGUUUAUGUGCUUGUGAUUAAAAUUUAGGAAAAAAUCAAAAUUCGCUGUAUAAAUAACGAAAUGUCAGAAUGUAAGCAGUUAAUCACAGAAUGGCUCAAUGAGUACGCGUCCCUACAAGAUAAUGAAAUAAAAAGUUUUGCUGCAGAACAUGAACAUAAUCAUGAGAUUGCCACAGCAAUAUUUAACUUGCUAUAUAGUGAAGACAAGGAUGAAGUGCAAACUUGCAACAAAGAUGAAUUAUAUGAACAGCUUUUAGAAAAUGUUUGUGUUCAACUGUUCAGUUUCUACAGAUCUAAAGAAAUAGAGUUACAAAGAUUUACUUUGCAGUUUGUACCAACUUUAAUGUUUAAUUACUUGAGUGCUAUAGCACAAGGUAGUAGCAAAAACACUAGAUGUAUAGAAACUCUUUUAAUUGGCUUAUAUAAUUUUGAAGUAGUAGAUGAAAGUGGUAAACCAAAAGUUGUUUCUUUUAGGCUGCCCUCUUUAGCUCAAGCGUCUAUUUAUCAUGAGCCCUUAUCUUUAGGUUCUCAAUUCCUAACAGAGAGUGCGUUGCGACGAUGGGAGGAAUGCAACACGAAACUUGUGAGCUGGGGCCCGCUGUCUCAAGUGGAGACAAUCAAUGCACAGAAUAGAUUGAAAGUCAUGGCGGCCUUACUUUUUAUUUAUAAUAGACAAUUAAGCUUAUUACCUAAAUUGGCCCUAAGACAUUUUUGUAUCGCUGCAUCAAGAAUUGUUACACAAGGAUUUCAUAAGAAACCCGGAGCUUCAAAAUCUAUUCCUCGGAUACCAGUAUCACCUAAUUUCCUGUUAGAAAUGGUAGAAGGAUCAUAUUUUGCAAUGUUCAAUGAGUUUUAUACAUUAGCAUUGCAAGCUGUUAAAGAUAUUGAUCAGAGAGCGCAAUAUGAACUGUUUGCUGAUGUAAUGCUGGUCACCAGUGCUGUCAUGAACUCAUUAAAAAACAGUCCAUCAGGUCAACCAUGCGACGGUCCAAUGGGUAUCAGCGUAGCUCUCUCUCCGGCUACCACUACAGUCACGAUGUCAAAGUCAAUGAUAACCAACGCUUCAUUCCGCACAAAAAAAUUGCCAGACGAUAUUCCAAUACAGCCGGGUCAAGCGGUGGCCGCAGAAUCCGCGGACAUGUUGUCUUCUAUCACCGAGGAGGCGGAGGCGGAUGCCGCGCCCAUGCAGCGCGGUGGAGUCAUACGAAAUUCUAAACCAAAACUCAGUUCCUUUCCUGUGUUGGGCAAAAAGACGAAAGACGGCAAAGAGAAAACGAUCGCACCAAAUGAGAAAAAGAAUUCUGGUAAAGAUUCUUCAAAGGGCAUUUGGAAUGCGUUGGGCAGUGGCGCUGGUGACAUGGUGGACGCUCAACAAAAAAGCUUAGAUAAUUCUUUCGAUGCGAACAACAGUCUUAAGGAUGAAAUCUCGAUGACGUCCGUCCUUAACAGUGCAGACAACUCGGAUACUCGUUCACAAGGAACGACCGACUCUUUAGACAUGGAAGCUCCCUCUUCUCGUUUUGCCGCUAUGCAAGUCAGUUCUGUCUAAAUCUUAGAUUGUCCAUUUCAGUAUUAUGUACUCUUAUAGUUACCGUAUAUGUGGUGUUUGUUAAUAUAUUCAUGUUUUAGAAAUAACUUAACAUUUUUAUUAAUAUUAUGUUGCU